AAGUUCAGUCCGGACUGAGCUCAGAGCAGUCAUGUGUCCCUGCGCCACCUUCCCAGGGAAGCAGAUACAACACCAAGAACAGCCCUCAUGACCACAUAGAUGGGUCAACAUGUGCUAGACAGCACCCAACUGGCUGAGGCGCAAACGUCCGAGAGGGGAACUCUGAGCAGGGCCCACGAGGCUGGAACAAUGGAGAUGUGUAGUAGCGUGGUGUUGGGAGGCCUGGUGUUGUUGCUUCUACUGUGGUUGUUCAGGCUGAGGAGACAGAGACAUGUCCAUCUACCCCCUGGACCCUGCGCCCUGCCGCUGCUAGGCAACCUGCAUCAGAUCGACAAACAGGCCCCCUUCAAGACCCUCACCAAGUGGAGUGGUGUGUAUGGGCCAGUGAUGACAGUGUAUCUUGGGCCCCAGCGAGCCGUGGUGCUGGUGGGGUACGAGGCAGUCAAGGAGGCUCUGGUGGACCAGGCUGAGGAUUUCACAGGACGAGCUCCUGUCCCCUUCCUGGUCCUAGUUACCAGGGGAUACGGCCUGGCCAUCAGUAAUGGGGAGCGUUGGCGCCAGCUGCGUCGUUUCACCCUGACCACGCUGAGAGACUUUGGGAUGGGCCGUAAGAGGAUGGAGGAGUGGGUACAGGAGGAGAGCCAACACCUCAUAGACAGUCUGGAUGCCACUAAAGCCGUGCCCUUCGAUCCUCAUCCAUUCCUGAGUCGCACCGUGUCCAACGUCAUCUGCUCCCUGGUGUUCGGCCAGCGCUUCGGCUAUGACGAUGACAACUUCCUGCACUUGCUCAACAUCCUCUCAGCUGUAUUGCGCUUUGGAAGCAGCCCCUGUGGACAGCUGUACAACAUCUUCCCCUGGCUGAUGGAACGCCUGCCUGGUCGACAGCAAGUCGUGUUCGGCCAGAUGGACGAGCUGAGAGGCUUUGUGAUGAAAAAGAUCCACGAGCACCAGGAGACCAUUGACCCAGGCAACCCUAGAGACUUCACAGACUCCUUCCUCACCAGACUCAACCAGGAGAAGGAUGUGUCCUCCUCUGAGUUCCAUUACGAGAACCUGGUGUCCACAGUGUUGGACCUCUUCCUUGCAGGAACAGAGACCACCAGCACCACUCUCAGAUACGCCUUCAUGCUGCUCCUCAAAUACCCCGACAUUCAGGAGCACAUUCAGCAGGAGAUCGACACAGUGAUUGGCCGACAGCGCGUCCCUCAGAUGGAGGACAGGAAGUACCUCCCCUUCACAGAAGCCGUCAUCCACGAGGUGCAGCGCUUCCUGGACAUCGCCCCAUUGAACCUCCCGCACUAUGCCACCAAGAAUAUCUCAUUCAGAGGGUACACUAUCCCUCAGGGCACCGUGAUCCUUCCAAUGCUGCACUCUGUUCUGAGAGACCAGGACCACUGGGCCACGCCCACAACCUUCAAUCCCAAUCACUUCCUUGAUCAGAACGGAAACUUCCAGAAGAACCCCGCCUUCUUGGCUUUCUCUGCAGGUAAGCGUGCCUGUGUGGGAGAGUCUCUGGCUCGUAUGGAGAUCUUUCUGUUCCUGGUGUCACUGCUGCAACAUUUCUCCUUCUCCUGCCCUGGAGGACCUGACAGCAUUGACCUCAGCCCAGAGUUCAGCAGUUUCACUAACGUGCCGCGUCACUACCAGCUCAUUGCUACACCCCGCUGACCAGGAGGGGAAUUGCAGCCGAACCACAGGAGGAGCACUCAGGAGGAGGAGGAGGAGUAGAGAUGAGGGAGGUAGGGACAGCACCAGGAGGUUGGUCUGAUGCCAUUUCAUAAGCUUGUUCCAGCCAUUACUAUUAUUAUGAGCCGUUCUCCCCUCAGCAGCCUCCACUGAGGGACGGGUGUCUGUUUUUUGUUUUGUUUUUCAUGACAAUGUGAUGCUUUGUGAUGCUUUGUGAUGCGUGUCCUUUAACAACGAAUGCUUGGAUUUUUCUGGUCAGUAUAGGUGGAUCAGGAGAAACUCAGGGUCCUGGAGGGAAGAGCGGGGAGGAGAUAUGCUGGGUGUACCAGACAGUAAUGUAAUGUACACUGAGGAUUCAGGCCCGUGUAAUUUGAUGAGAGUUGGAGGCCCAUUUCCCAGGCCGGCUGUCAGUCAGGAGAUCUAGGUACCAGUGUAUCUUUCAUUUUAUCAGUGUCUUUGUGUCUCAGCAACUAAGUCAAUGUGUAUGAGGCAGCACUGCUGCAAAAAAAGAUGGCUCUUAGAUGGCAAUCACCUCACUCUCUACCAACUCACCAGUGGAUACAGUUACUGUUAGAAGUUAUAGCAUCAUUAGACUUAUCGACAGAGAAAUUGAAUGAUCCUAGUCAAUAGUGCUGAGCAAUUAGUGCUUUUUGAGGUCAGUUCGGUUUCGGUUCCAUAAUUUAUUUUUAAAUCACAGCAAAAAAAUGUUUUAACAUUAAAUGCACUAUGCGAGUUGAAUGCUGUAACACAGAAUCAAACCAUUAAUAAAAGUCCCAUGAUGGUAGUGACGGCCCAUUACUGCUGAUCACUUAUUAACCAUCAUGUAUUCACAGUACUUUACUUUAAUAAAACAUUUGUUUUAUUUGA